UGGCGGGUCACGCUGUCACUCAUCUUGCGGCAAAGGGACCCAGCGCAAGUUUCAAUGAGAGCGUUUGUCAGGUUGAUCAUAGCGUGACAAUAAGACGCAUUGUUGACCGUAUUUGAAAGAUAGGUAGGCCUACAUCGAUAAUGGCCACAGAAAGGAAGAUUUUCGGCUUGUCCAUUCUAUGUCUUGUGGUGCAGGCUGCUGUUUGUCUGCAGGUAUCUAUCCCCCAGAAGAACUAUGAGUACGCCCGGGGAGACAACAUCACGAUACCCUGCAAAUACACACCUAAGAAGCUUGUCAACAACAUGGUCGUCGUCACCUGGACAGCCAAGUCCAUCAACCCCGACGAACCUGACACAAUAGUGCUGACCUCCUACUCCUCUCCCUCCACGGUGGAUGUGACUGAAACAUACGUGGGUCGGGCCAGCAUAGAAGAGGACAUCCCCACAGGGAAGGCCAACCUGCGCCUCCUAUCCAUCGGCCUCCAGGACAACAUGGAUUUCGAGUGCCAUGUCUCCAUCCCUGGAGAUGUCACUGGGGUUCUUGCUGCCACUGCCAGACUCAUAGUGCUGGUGGCGCCGUCCCUACCGCUGUGUAAGAUCCAGGGUUCGGCAGAGUACGGCCAAAACAUCAACCUGACAUGUGUGUCUGCGGAGGGCUCCCCAACCCCCACCUACAGCUGGCAGAGAAGGGACGUCUCAAACAUCCCCCGUCCCCAAGACGGCCGCACCACCGACAAGAAUGGUCUCCUGUCUCUAUUCAACGUCUCCACUGAAACGUCAGGCUACUACAUCUGCACCUCAGCCAAUAAGAUCCGCUCAGCCACAUGCAACGUCACCCUGAGUGUCAUGCCACCCUCCAUGAAUCUGGGCUACACCGCCGGCAUCGCCGGGGCAGUGGUGGCUGCCAUCAUCCUCCUGAUCGUCAUCAUCUGCUGCUGCCGUAGAAGGAACAAGAACAAGGGUCAGGAGGACUACGAGAUGGGGGCUCCGGAAGCAGAGUUCAGCGACAAGGAGCCCCAGGAAGGGAGAGGGGAGGAGGUUCGGUCCGUAGAGCCACCCAGGAACGCGGAGCGCCGCAAUGAGCGCGAGUACGACCGCCGCAGCGACUACGACGACCGCCGCAGCGAAUUCGACGACCGCCGCAGCGACUACGACGACCGCCGCAGCGACUACAACGGCCGCCGCAGCGACUACGACGACCGCCGCAAUGAUAUUGACGAUCGCCGUAGCAACUACACAGAUCGCCGUAGUGACAAUAACACCGACCGCCGCGAUCGCUAUGAUGAUCGGCGCGACCGUGACUACAAGGACAGUGGCCAUGACGACCGCUAUGAUGAGCCAUAUGAUGACAGACCUCCCAGGGUGCCAGCCAAUAAGCCAGUCAGGAAAGACUGAAGAUUAGACCACCUGACCCCUAACACUUGACACCAGUAGGAAAUCUGAGGGCUGGAUGAUGAUGAUGAUGAUGAUGAUGAUGAUGAUGAUGAUGAUGACGAUAGUGACGAUGAUGACAAUGUGUGCGAGCAAGACUUCUAGGAUGUGUUGUUACUCAUACUCAGGUGAUAGUCUCAGGAGACAUUUUAAUUUUCUGCCAUCUGUUUGUGUGUAUGACAGGGUGCACAUAAGAGUGUGUGUAUAUACAGGUGAUGGGUCCACAGCUUAACAAACCCCACAGGUAUGGCGAGGUUUAAAUUAAAAACAUAUUUUUUAUACUUUUAGUUUUUAUCCAUUCAUUAAGCCUAUAAGCACCCGUUUCUCUUUUAUCUGAAUUGUGAACAUGUAUUCACAUGAAGCAGAUGGUGAGAUUACAGGACUAUUUAAAUAAGGACCAGAAUGCCAGCCAUAUUUGUGAUAUUUGUCAGCCAUUUUGUAACAAAGACGCAUUCCAGCACAUUGUUGCCUAAAGGCAGCAGGCAUAGUAGGUUCACUGUGUCUUGACAUGCAGAAGAAUAAUGUAGACAAAUAAUAUUUUACACUUUAUAUAGAUGUUUGCUGUACAUUUGAAACUGUUCUAUUUGGGGGCAAAAUUAAAUAAAUUUGAAUUGUAUUA